AAUUUGACUACACGGGACCUGAGUGGGCAAAAGAAGACCCGAAGAACUCUUGUCUUCAUCCUCGCCUUUGCUUCUUUCUUACUCAUCGGGUUUCUGAUUCUCUUCCUUUCUUGUUGUCCACUUCUUCGCAUAAAAACUCCUCUCUCGCUUUCACUGUAUUCCCCCGUACUCUCACAAACCCCAAGAAACCCUAGCUUGUUUGUUUGCUUUAAUUGUGGACAAAUACAAUGGCGGAAGACUGCCCCACGCAACUUAUCGACGGCAACGGGCAGUUCAAUGUCGAGGGCCUCGAAAAUUUUACGAGGACUACCGGCUUCAUCAACUGUGGUCUCUCCUAUGCCGUCGUCGCCGUCAUGGGUCCUCAGAGUAGCGGAAAAAGCACGUUAUUGAAUCAUCUCUUCCACACCAAUUUUAGGGAGAUGGAUGCAUAUAAAGGAAGGAGUCAAACAACAAAAGGAAUUUGGAUAGCAAAGUGUCUUGGGAUUGAGCCAUUCACAGUUGCUGUGGAUUUGGAGGGUACCGAUGGGAGGGAAAGAGGCGAGGAAGACACUGCAUUUGAAAAACAAAGUGCGCUUUUUGCUUUGGCAGUUGCUGAUAUUGUACUUAUAAACAUGUGGUGCCAUGAUAUUGGUCGGGAGCAGGCUGCCAACAAGCCUCUUUUAAAAACCGUUUUUCAGGUUAUGAUGCGCUUGUUUAGUCCCCGUAAAACAAAGCUGUUGUUUGUUAUACGUGAUAAAACAAAGACCCCAUUAGAGUAUUUGGAGCCAAUUCUAAGAGAAGAUAUUCAAAAGAUAUGGGAUGCAGUUCCCAAGCCCGAACUUCACAAAAAUACUCCUCUGAGGGAAUUUUUCAAUGUGGAGGUCACUGCUUUGUCUAGCUAUGAAGAGAAGGAAAUGCAGUUUAAAGAGCAGGUUGCUGAACUGAGGCAACGAUUUUUCCAUUCUAUAUCUCCAGGAGGACUUGCUGGUGAUAGACGGGGUGUUAUACCUGCUUCAGGAUUUUCUUUUAGCGCACAACAGAUUUGGAAAGUUAUAAAGGAGAAUAAGGACCUGGAUCUUCCUGCACACAAGGUGAUGGUUGCAACUAUUCGUUGUGAAGAAAUUGCUAAUGAGAAGCUCAAACACCUGGCGUUUGAUGAGGCUUGGUUGUCAUUGGAGGAAGCUGUACAAGCUGGGACAGUAUCUGGUUUUGGGAAAAAGCUCAGUUCAAUCUUAGAAACCUAUGUUGCAGAAUAUGACAUGGAGGCAAUCUACUUUGAUGACGGUGUACGAAAUGCAAAACGGCAGCAUUUGAUAACAAAAGCACUGGAUUUUGUGUAUCCUGCUUAUACUACCCUAUUGGGACAUCUGCGUUCUAGAGGGUUCGAAAAUUUUAAGACUAGACUGGAACAGUUACUGAACAGAGGAGAAGGAUUUGCUGCUUCUGUUCGUAGCUGUAGGCAGUCUUGUAUGCUUGAAUUUGACCGGGGAUGCACAGAUGCUGCCAUACGACAAGCCUCUUGGGAUGCUUCAAAGGUUCCGGAAAAACUUAUUCGUGACAUUGACGCACAUGCUUCUUCCGUGCGCAGUGCAAAGUUGUCCGAAAUCAUAGCCAAACACGAGGAGCGGCUCUCUGCAGCUUUAACUGAACCUGUGGGUUCACUACUCGAAGCUGGUGGGAGUGACACAUGGGCUUCAAUUAGACGGCUUCUUCAUCGUGAAACUGAAAAUGCUGUAUCAGCAUUUUCAGCUUCUAUGGUUGGUUUUGAGUUGGACGACUCUACAAUUGAUAGAAUGGUUCAGAGUUUGAGGACCCAUGCAAGAAAUGUGGUGGAGAGAAAAGCCAGGGAAGAAGCUGGAAAUGUUCUGAUCCGCAUGAAGGAGAGGUUCUUGACAAUUUUUAGUCACGACAAUGAUUCAAUGCCAAGGCUUUGGACCGGAAAUGAAGACAUUAGAGCAAUUACAAGGAAUGCACGCAAUGCGUCUCUUAGACUUUUAUCUGUUAUGGCUGCCAUACGCUUGGAUGAGAGGCCGGACAAAAUUGAGAAUUUACUUAUUUCUUUGCUUAUGGAUGGAUCUAUUGCUGUUCAAUCAUCUCAAGAUCGAAGCAUAAGAACUCAUACUGGCCCCCUUGCCUCAAGCACAUGGGAGGAGGUUUCUCCGAAGGACACACUAAUAACGCCAGUACAGUGCAAAUCCUUGUGGAGGCAGUUUCAAACAGAGACUGAGUAUACUGUCACCCAAGCUAUUGCUGCACAGGAGGCUCAUAGACAAAGUAACAAUUGGUUACCUCCUCCAUGGGCUAUUGCGGCUAUGCUCAUCCUCGGCUUUAAUGAAUUUAUGAUGCUUUUAAAGAAUCCGCUUUAUCUCUUGGUUCUCUUUGUUGCAUAUCUGCUUUCAAAAGCUUUAUGGGUACAGAUGGACAUUGCUGGGGAGUUUCGGCAUGGCCCUUUGGCUGGACUGCUAUCCAUUUCAUCAAGGUUUCUCCCUACUGUCAUGAACCUUUUGAGGCGACUUGCUGAAGAGGCUCAAGGUCAAGGGCGUCCAACCAAUGAAGCACCAACGGCACCACAGUCAUUGUUUUCUCCGAGUUUCAAGAGUCAAUCUCAGCCACAGAAAGUAUCAAGUACAACCCCCGAGUCAUCUGUGUCAUCAAACCUUUCGUCUGGCGAUGAUGGUGAGUAGUGACCGUGGAGGCAGAGCAAAGAAAACCAAACUUGUCUUCUAUGUAAAAUUUAUCAAUCAGGUUAUAUUUUUCUUGUAUAAGGCCUCUUCAUGUUGUCUGAAAAGGUUGAGAAAUUAGAGGUGAGUCUUCGACGAAAAGCAGAUGAUUCACAUGUGAUGCAGUGUAUGUAACUAUAAUAAUGCUGGGGUGUGGGUACUGCCCUAUUGGGAGAGCAUAGAAAUAGACUGGAUAUUCAGGAAAUCUGUAAUUAUACAAUCAACUAAAGGAAAGUUGCAUCAUCAACCA